AUUGAAAUUUAAAAUUUAUUUUCUGUCUGGUGGUUCUUGCAGGAAUAGAUAUUUUUUUCAGGUUUUUCUUCCUGAAAUAUUUUAGAUGGAGUAAAACAAAUACAUGAAAGAAUUAAUAAUUAACACAUUACAACAAAAAUAUUUGAAGUCUGAUGUUAGCAGAAUGACUACCGAAGAAAGUAAAUUUCAUAAUCGACUGAAUUAUCUCCGAAACAGUUUUAUCGCCCUCGGAAAAAGAAAAUCCCUAAAAUAUGGGCUUCCUUUCUUGUUAUUUAUCGUAGGAGGGUCUUUUGGUCUUAGAGAAUGGACUCAAAUAAGAUACCAGUUUUCACAAGUUAAAGGUGUUAGUAGAGAAGAAGCAGAAAAAAUGGGCCUACACAAAGCACGCGAUGUAACUAUAGAAAAUGUUUAUGAGGAUAUUCAAAAACUAGAUAUUGACAACUGGGAAAAUAAACGAGGCCCUAGACCAUGGGAGGAUAAUCAGCAAACAAAUAAAAAAUGAAGCAGUCCAGCCAAAUAAUAAUGUUGAAUUUCAUGUAAAUAAAAUCAACUAUAAAAAUCCAACCAAACCUAAUAUUUUAAUAUUUGGCACUACUUUCCGUUGUCUUGGUUGUUAUCUUUAUGUAGAAGUCUACAAUUCAAUUCCUUUUCAUGGCUCCAAAAAGUCAAUGUUCCU